AUGCCUUCAUCACCACCCAACAUCCCUCUCGCAGAACGCAUGAAGAAAUACGAAGCCGUCUACGACACAACCCUCCCAUCAAACAGCCCCAUCAUACUGCGCCUCGACGGCCACAACUUCUCGCGGUUCACUUCACACUUCGCCCGGCCCUUCGACGAGCGUAUCCACUCCGCCAUGCUAUCCACCUGUACCUCUCUGCUCACCUUCUUCCCCAGCGCAACCCUCGCAUACACGCAAUCCGACGAGAUAACGCUGAUCUUCCCCAGCGGCGUCGGCGCAUUCGGCGAAAGAGUGCAAAAACUAUCCAGCCUGGCAGCGAGCUACACGUCUGUGAAUUUCGUCAAGCACCUAAUCGCAGCUGUAGAUGCGCAGCCGGAACCCGCGCUCAAAGGUGAAGGUGGGAAAGACGUGCUGUGGACCGCGCAUUUCGAUGCGCGCAUCUUCGCCGUGCCGAGCAUUGAGGAAGCGCUGAAUAAUCUGCUCUGGCGCUGCAGAAACGAUGCGGUGAGGAAUUCGGUGAGUUCGUUCGCGCGGACGAUGUACUCGACAAAAGAGAUGCAUGGAAAGCGCGCAAAGGAAUUGGUGGCGAUGAUGAGGGAGGAAAAGGGUGUAGUUUUUGAAGAUGCGGUGCCGAAGUGGGCGAUUGAAGGGUGUUUGAUUAAGAGGGAGCAGGUGGAUCAUUGGGGGAGGAAUGGUAAGACUGGGGAGAUGGAGAUGACAUUUCGGGCAAGGGUGAGGGUGGAGGAAAGGGGUGUGAGGGAGUUUGGGGAGGAGGGGUUGAGGCUUGUUCAGGAGAGGUAUUGGUGA